AGUUAAGGUAAUAGUGUUCAAUUGUCCUGUGAUAAAAACAGUUAUCGUUCUUCUUAUGAGCAUCAGACAGUGUUUGUCACACUGUGAAACCACACUCAGCAGGCGGGUCACACUCUAUAAGCAUCUUGCACAUAUGUGGUUUUCCUGCCGUUGAGAAGGUCAGUGACAUACAUAAUUCAUUUUAGUUUGUGAUAUUUAUACCCACAAUUUUCAUCGUAAUUUUAGCGUCAAGAGGGAUGGAGCUUGAAUUCUCAGUGAUCUCAUUUGAAGUAAAUCAUCAUAUUUGUGGUUUCAUUCACAUUCACCGGGGAUACUUAACUUUCAGGUUUCAACAAACAGCAACUAACCACUUCCUUUGCUCUGUGCCUCCUCCACAGACACUGAUAAAGUCUGUGAAGCUCCAGUCUGUCUCUCUCUCGGUCUAAUGGCCGCCAUGUUCCACUUGAACCAAGCUGCUCUGCUCGCUGUUCAUCUCAAAGUUAUGUGUCCCGUCCUCGCAGAGAUUUCAGAGUUUUUUCCAGGUGACCACAGACAUAUCCUGGUGUCCAGCGGAGACUCUAUCAUGUUCACUUGCAACGUAUCCACAAACAGAACAUUACAAAUCAACUGGACCAAAGACAAAUUUCUGUUUGCUCACUCUGUGAUAAACAAUGAGACUCUUUCAAAUUUCACCUCUGACAGAGUGAAAAUAGAUGUUGACCUUCCUUCAAAGCUGAAAAUUUCAAACGCUCAGCUUGAAGACUCAGGACUAUAUCAAUGUAGUUUGACUGACGAAAAAGGUCCAUACAGUAACAAGUGGAAUUUAACCGUGGCUGGGACACCUCCAGAAGACCUGUCGUGGUAUUUUCUUUACACAAUUCUACCUGGAGUUGUGUUGCUCCUCUUUAGCCUCACUGCAGCUGUUUACCUCCACAGAAUACGCAGGGCCGGGACCUCAAACAAGAGAUGCUGUGACUACAGGACUCUGACUUUUACCUGGUUUCAUGUUAAGUUGGGAGGAGAGCAUCUACAGGGGGCGCUGCCUCCUCAACCCCAAAGUUGUGCAGAGUACAGACAAAUAACAAGCGAUGGUCAAUAUGAACCGAUAGACUCAGUUCAGUGGCCUCUCCUUGACUGAGAGGUAUGAAGAUCACAUUACAACUGAAUAAGAAUACAGAGAGAUUUUUGACAGAUAUCACAAGAGAGAGGACAUUUUGUUUAUGAUGAUGUUUACAAAUAAAUGAAUCCACAAAAUGCUCACAGAGGCCAAGCUUAAUGAGAUGUAUGUGUAAAUAUAUUAAUAUAUGUUGUCAAAAUAUUCUUAAGCAAUGUUUCACAUUAUUCUAUGGUAACCAGAUAGCUCAUAUCAUCUUUCUGUGGCUGGGCAUGUGACCAUUGCAUGCAUGAUAUACAAUAUUUCAACUCUGCUAUUCUGCCAUUACUGACAAUAAUCUGUCAAUUAAUUUAACUUCCAUUAUGCUACAAGCUGUCUAUUCUAAUCAAUGCUGUAAACACCCUUAUCUUUCUGAUGUUCCCAUUACACAUCUACUGCACUUCUGUCCGUCCUGGUAGAGGGAUCCCUCACAU